UUGGGUGGGCUGAUAAGCAGAAUCUGUGCCAAUAAAUGUCCUUGCAGAUCUUCUAUGUUGGGCUUCUAAAGUGGUGGUUGUUCUACUCCCAAUUCAAACAUUCUUCGCUAAGAUUUGUCCUCUCGACUUUCAACCAGGCAAAUCCGAUAAAGAAAAAGACCGUGACAAGCUAAGAUGGGAAGCGAACACCUGGGACCCGAGCCGGCUCUUCCCUACCCCGGCCCCAUGAACUACGAGGGUGCAGCGCCCCAACCUGGGUUGUACCCGUCCCCUAAAGCAGGACCCCCACAUGUCGCUUCCCAAAGAGUGACUCAGGUGGUGGUCAUGCCGUCGCUGCAUGAUAGUCCAGGACGAGCUCAGUGUCCCCACUGCCGGCAGACCGUGGUCACCCAGACGGAACACAAAGCAGGCCUGAUGACUUGGGCCAUCUGUGGAGGACUCACCCUCUUCGGGUGUUUUCUCUGCUGCUGCAUACCAUUCUGUGUGGACUCCUGCCAGGAUGUGGAGCACCACUGUCCAAAGUGCCGUAAAACCGUCUAUGUUUACAAGCGGUGCUAAGGGUCCUGUUUGACGUUUUCAAACCAGAAGAUCACAGAAGUGCAUGAUCUCUCAGUCAGUAGUGAUUUA